AGAGACCUCACCAACGCUCUUAUUAGGCUAUAAGUUUAGCUCCUCACUCUCUGGAAAAAUGGCCGACUGCAAUAGCGCCAUGACUAACCUCCACCUUAAUGAUCCAAUGGCUCUCAUUACCGAUUUCUACCCUCAUAUCUUCCCUCCACUCCUAUCUGAUCAAGGAGAGGUGGCGGUGGAGGCGAAACAAAAGCGGCGGCGCAAGAAGAAGAAGGCGGGUGCGGGGUUGACGGGGUUGAAGAAGAGGAAGCUGAGUGAAGAGCAAGCUAGCCUUUUGGAGCAAAGCUUCCGAGACGAGCACAAGCUCGAGUCGGAGCGAAAAGACCGGCUGGCUUCGGAGCUGGGACUAGACCCGCGACAAGUCGCGGUCUGGUUCCAGAACCGAAGGGCGCGGUGGAAGAGCAAGAAUCUGGAGGGGGAGUACAGCCGGCUCAAGUCUGAGCAUGACACCGCCGUGGUUGAAAAAUGUCGCCUUGAAGCUCAGGUGAUAGAGUUAAAGCAACAGCUUUGUGAUGUUGAGAACAAGCUUCAAAGGCUGUCGUCGGAGCGGGGCGAUGGGGUUUCUAGCAAUAGCCCGAGCACUUCGUCGUUCCCGACACCGGCGGGGGCCCCGUCGUUUUACGGAGAGUACUUCGGAAUGGAUGACGUGUCGUUCUACUACGUUGAUGAUCAGUACCAUUAUGGUCAUGUAGAGGAUCAAUGGAUUUAACUUAAUUUGAUGAAUGUGAUUGGUAAUUAUGUGUACAAACCUAGCUAGGUUAUUGUUGAAGUGUUUAUUAUAUAUUCAUAUAUAUAAUAACCACAUGGAUUCAUCUUGAUUAGUUGCAUUAUUGUAAUGUUAAAUUAGGUUGUAGAUAAUUAAAUGACCCCUUGUGUAGUAGUCUUUGUAAAUUUCUCCAAUUUUAAUAUCUUCUUAUUGCUUGAUCUAGUUUCCGGGCCAUAUAGUAGCAUUCAGUUAGUGGUGUACUACGUGACUUUAUUUAGUCUAUCCAUUUGUCAAUUUAUAAUGAUUUGAAGUCAUUAUUUAGUCAGCUGG